AUGAUUUCUCAAGUUACUGGUGCAAGACCAAUGGCUAUUAAGACUGCUGAUAUCAAUAACGAUAACUUCUUAGAUCUUGUUGUUGCUAAUAGCAAUGGAGAUACUACGAGUAUAUUUCUAGGCUAUGGAGAUGGUAGUUUUAAACAACAUAAGACACUUUCGAAUGGAGCUAAUGCUGGGACAAAUGGAAUUGCUAUUGGUGAUAUAAACAAAGAUAACCAAUUGGAUAUCGCUGUCGUUAAUAGGAAUGCCAGUAAUGUUGGAAUAUUUCUUGGACAAGGCAACGGAAGCUUUUCAGAACAAACAACAUUUUCUACAGGAAAUGGUUCUACUCCAGCAGGGCUUGCUCUUAAUGAUUUGAACAACGAUAGUAUUUUAGAUCUUAUAGUUACCGAUCAUGAAAAUGGUCUUCUACUUGUAUUUCUUGGCACUGGUAAUGGAACAUUCAGAAAAACACUUCUACUAUCGACUGGUAAUAAUUCUGGACCAUAUUUAAUCGUUAUUAAUGAUUUUAAUAAAGAUAAUAGACUUGAUAUUGCCGUUGGUAAUGGUGAUGGAAAUUAUGUAGGUAUUUUUCUUGGUGAUGGUACAGGAAAAUUUUCAGGACAGACAACAUAUUAUAUUGAAUCUGGUCCAUAUGCACUCGUUGCUGCUGAUUUUAAUAGAGACGGUUUUUUAGAUAUUGUGACAGCUAAUUAUUAUGGAAACAAUACAAGUAUACUUUUUGGAAAUGGUGAUGGGACUUUCAGACGAAAGUACACUUUUUCUACUGGUAGUGGAUCUUUACCUUAUGCAAUUGUUAGUGGUGAUUUUAAUGGAGAUAAUAUAGAAGAUCUUAUUGUUCCUAAUUCUGGUACGGAUAAUGUGGGUAUACUACUUGGAUACGGUAAUGGGAAAUUUAGAAAACAAAAUACUUAUUCGACUGGUACUGGUUCUGCUCCAGUUGAUGUAACGGUUGGAGACUUUAAUGGAGAUAAUCGUCUGGACUUUAUAUCUGUAAAUCGUGAUCAUAGUACAGUUGGUAUCUUUUUAAGCACACUGUCAUGA